ACUAGAGCAAUUGCGGCUUCGGCUGACGUUGGCGUCAAGACUCCAGGGAGCGUAUUUAAUACUCCCAGAGAGGUUACACGGGUUUCAUACAACUUACGCUUAUAGAAAGUAAUCCGUGACGUUGACAGAAUCCUUAUAAAGGGGGCCUACAUAAAAGGCGUCCCACAUUCUCGCUUGAAAAGAGGCCCUCAACAGAGCCUAUCGUGCUGAAAGACUUGACUCUGAAAGACUCUUUUGUAUUCGCAGCCACUCAGAACGUCUACUUCUUCAGGCAUCGCUAAAAAUCAGCCCGGAAACAACUGGAAUAAUUGGUGCAUUAGACGGGCCCUCUAUACUGGAUAUACAAGAAAAAGUACAGGUUUCGAUAACCAUGGCGCUUCGUUAUCUUUGCUUGGCGGUCGCCUGCACGGCUCUACCGUUCGCAGUAGCGAGUAUCUUUCCAGGAUCAGCGUGUGACUUCACUGGUAUAGACGUGGAAGGCGCUGUUGCGAGACUGAUUGCCAAGCUUCCCGAUGACGUGGUCACUGGCUCCGAAGAAUUUUACCCUGUCAUUGCUGGCUUUGAAGUAAGAGCUUUCGAUGCGACUGGAUUCCGAAAGCUGCAGCAGUUUGGUCCGGCAAUGCCGUACUGCGUCAAUGGCACCCGCAGGGUGCAAGUAGAGUUCAUCAACACAGGCGACGUCGUUCUGGUAGCGCCCUGGAGACACUGUUCUGGACUACAAGGCACAUUUCGUCUACGUUCCGCGCUAUCUAGUUUCAAGACGCACUUCCACAUUGGACUCGGUGAGAGAGAUAACGACAUCAAGCUCUCUUACCACGGACCCACACUUCCGUUGACAACCGAUAACGUCCAGGUCAACGUAGGCGGCGCCUGGCCAAAUGCAAACACAGUGGCUGGAAUCCUGGCCAUAGUGUUUCCGGCAGUAGUCCGGGAGUUAUGGAAUGGGCAGUUUUUUUUCCGACUCAGCCAAGCUUUUGAUGAAGCGCUUAAUUAGAUGUGUAAUAACAAAUUCAGGCUGUAGGAGACCAUAAUUACGUGAACUAUUGUUGGUUUCCGGUGAUGCGGCGGGAACACGAAAUGGACUGGAUGAAAAAUUACACCCAAAUCUUACCUACAAUAGAUCAUUCGUGAAAUAAACCACUGAAUAUAUAGAA